UGCAAGCCCUUUCUUGUUUGUGGUAGAUUAGCCCCUAAGUCUAAUGGCCUAACUAUAGCUAAUGGACUAAUCAUCAAAACUGGAUCUAGGCUUAUUAGAUCCAUAAUUAAAAUCAAGAAUGACGAACUGGUGUAGUCUAGAUAGAUCGAGAUGCACAGCAGCUGAUUAGUAGAUCUAAGGCCGCUUCAGUGAGUUAGUACUUACUUUUAAGUACUACUUAUUAGGUAUUACUUAUUACAAUCUACUAAAACUGACCUGAUUGCAUAAAGAAUCUACCUUUAAUAUCUUAAAUGAUAUUGUCGUCAAGACGUCUCUGCUAUCUUUCUUCUACAAGCAGUAUUUUGGAUCAGGGUAACUGAGUUGGAUGGCCUGUCGAUUCUUCUUACAGAUUCUCUAAUUAUAACUGUAUACAAUUUUGUUUGCCUCUUGCAUAUUACAUGGUUUACAAAGUAUCCUUUUAGUUAUUCAAACAUACAUGAUCUUUGUUUUACUUGAAAUAAUAACUCCUGUAAGUCAUUAAGCAAAAUAUGUAAAAUUUAUUUUCAGAAUUCAGUGCUGAAAUUGAAAUUAAUUUCAAGUUAAAGAUUAAUUUAGCUAUACAGAUAUUAUACUUACACCAAUUGUAUUUAUCUUCCUUUACAUUUGUGAGUAAGGCUGAAAAUGUUUAAUUUAGCUAACACAACAAACAAUUUACAACUUUUUGUGUAUAUUUAAUUGUUGCAUCAUUUAAAUGAUGUUAUGUAAUAACAGUGAAAUGAUACUAAUUAAAUGUAUUAAUUAGUUAAGAGCUUCUUAAAGUUGCUAUUGAUUUUAAGUUCCAUACUGAAGUAAUCAAAAUGUUGCAUGGGUCUGAACAAUUGGGGCAGCGAGGUCACUUAAUUACGCAGUUCAAAACAUGGAUUUUAGAUUGGAGCUAUAAUGUUUUCCAAGACAAACUUCCUUGCCCAAAAAAUCUUUGUUUUUUUUACAGUCAGAGUCAACACCUUUUAAUAAAUGAGUUAGUAUCAGAAUAUCACAAAAAUAACAAAAAUCAGGUCGGACAGGACCGAUUUGUCUGGGCAAUGUUUGCUAAAGCCCUAAUCAAAGAACAUAAGCUGCAAAGCACAUGUAACGAGUAUCAUUCAAAGUAUCAAAUUAAAUGCAGACAAAUACACAAAUGCUUGUAUAUUUUAUUAGCUGUGAGCUAUUACUUACAAUUACGUUGCACAGAAUUAGUUAAGGAAAUUUUGAGAGAAAUCAUUUCCUGUACGAAAAAUCUCAGAUUCAUGUUUUCAUUUCUCCCUAGUAUGAGUGUAAAUUUAUAUGCAUCAUUACUGUGGGUUCACUCUCCACUGUAUGAAGAACAGUUAUGCAGAGAAUAUUUUUUCUUGAUUGAUGCAGAGACGGCUGCCCUUAAUAAUCAAUAUACAGAUGUGUUCAAAAGUUCACAACCUUAUUUAUACUAUCUUGUUAAGCAUUUAACCCCUCUUCACAGUGCGCCUAACUCUUUGCCCGUAAAACUGCAUGAAAUUUUAAGUAAACCUUUGCUGAAGAAUAGAAAAUAUUCUUUGUUAACACUGGCAGUGCAGUACCACAAUGUAGAAAUCAUUAAAUGCUUGCUAGAAAUAGGGGCCCAAGCGCAACAUAAAUAUUACGAUCAGUGCACAGAAGCAUAUGUCUGUGCUGAGAGUCUUUUGGCUAACUCAGUCAACAGCAUCAUGGGAGCUCGACAGUUCCUGAUUAGCAUAAAUAUAAAUUAUAAGGAACUAACCAAGAAAAUGGAUACACUAAUAAAUGAAGCCAGUUCUUAUGUGCAUUUAAUGAGAAGAUCAGUUUUCUGCUCUCGGCUAAAGAAAGUUUCAGAUAUGUGGUGUAGUGAAGAUUCUACAUAUGAACUCAACCGUGUCAUUGCAGAUGAAUGGGGUAUAGAGCAUAAGGUAACAUUCCCAACACUGCAGCAUAUUUGUAAGAUACAAAUAAGACGUGCAAUACUAAAUGCAGACAAGGAGUUAAUACCAAUUGCUGUGAAACUGCUCCCUGUUCCAAAUAAACUUAAGCAAUAUCUGAAUCUGGAAUUAGACUAACGAUUUCCAACAACUUGUUUUUAGCAUAUAUAUAUAAACAAUUGAAUUUUUAUUUUAUGACAUAAUUAAACUAAGAUUGUGUUUAUUUUUAAAAUUUGAAUAUUAAAGUUGUGUUAUAUUUAUUUUUACAAAUGUUUUAACUCAAUGGUUUAUAAUAUUAAACUUAUUUUUAAAUCAAUUGUAAUUAU